CGCUGCCAAAGCAUGCGGAGGACUCGAAGCGUCCCUCAUCCAGCAGCGAGUUCUUCCAAUGGGCUCGAAAUAGGUGGAUCAAUCUCCCGCAUUAAACCAGCAGCGAGUUCUUCCAACUCCUGCUACUUCAAACCCUACAGCAGAAGCAUUCCACUACGCAAUUUGUAACUCUACUGCAGCAGUUGGGCAAUCCCAAUUCCGGCAAUCAGCAUCAUGUUUCGUUUUAGGUGUAGCAGUGUAAUCCGAGCUGAGGCCAAAAGAGCGGCGAACGGUUUCUUUUUUGCUUCACUCACUUCCAGAAGGUGUACACAUUCAUUAUUAUUUGCUACCAUAGCCUCAGACGAAAUUUCAGGUUCUCACCCUGCGGAGGUACAUAACUUGGUGCAGGGUAGUUGGAACACAUCUACUGAAUGGAAUACUAUCUUAGAUCCAUUGAACGGAGAACCGUUCAUCAAAGUGGCAGAAGUGCCAGAAGAACGGUUAAAGCCAUUUGUGGAGAGCUUAUCCAAGUGUCCAAAAUAUGGGCUGCACAACCCACUCAGGGCUCAAGAGAGAUAUCUGCUGUAUGGAGACAUAUCUACCAAAGCUGCUCACUUGCUUGGGAAACCUGAGGUAUCAAAUUUCUUUGCAAGGCUCAUUCAAAGAGUUUCUCCAAAGAGCUAUAAGCAAGCUUUAGGAGAGGUUUUUGUUACCCAGAAGUUCUUAGAGAACUUCUGUGGUGACCAGGUUCGCUUCCUCGCGAGAUCAUUUGCAGUACCUGGCAAUCACCUUGGACAGCAGAGUAAUGGUUAUCGGUGGCCUUAUGGUUCU